AUGGCAAAGGGACGCUUCACCCUAUUUGUGGAGCAAAACAUGGGACAGCUCCCACGUUUCAUGGUCUAUGCUGUGCUCGAAUGGGUCUUGAUCAUUCUGCUCUUCCUUGAUGGCUUUGUUGCGUUUCUUGCCAAUGAGUUUGCCAAGUUAUUUGAGCUCACAACUCCCUGCUGGCUUUGCACCAAGAUCGAUCACAUUCUCGUUAACAGAGGUCGUGAUUUCUAUUACAAUGAUUCCAUAUGUGAAUCUCACAAGAAAGAUGUUUCCUACCUUGCUUACUGCCACAACCACAAGAGGCUAUCUGACAUAAGAAAGAUGUGUGAGGCAUGUCUUCUUUCAUUUGCAACCGAGAAAGAGUCUGAUUUCGACACAUACAAGUCCCUAGUUGGGAUCCUGCACAAGGAUCUUGAGUGCUUUGUGGAGGAUGAUCAACAUCAAAUUCAGCUGAGUGUGCCUGCAGCAAGGACAUGGGAGGAUGCAGGGACCAUUGAGAAGAGUAGGGACAGCAUGACUAUAGGGUGUUCGUGUUGCGGUGCGCCAUUGAAGUUGAGUCAGUCUCCCUCCUACCCCAAAGGGAAAAAUGUAACCGCGCUUGCGCAGGCUCCUACACCUUCUCCACGAGCACCCUUAGGGAAAAAUGAUGAUGCUCCUGGUUUGGACUUGCCCCCUAUUCGAUACUCAGAACUCAAGUUUAUGUCUGAAAAUGAGUCCGAGCUUCCAGAGGAUGAGUAUGGAGCACACUCAAAAAAUCAAGGUGAUGAAUUAACUGAUGAUGCUAAUAGGACUCCCCUAUUUGGUAGAGGAAACAAGUUCUUUGGAAUACCACUAACAGAUUCAGCUCAAAAUAGUCCUAGGGUGGCUAUGAGGAUCUCAAAGAAAUCACCACUUGAAAAGAGCGAGUUUGUUUUGGAAUCGGUUGAUGGAAAUCUUCCAAAUGAUACGGAUUGUGAUUCAAUUUUGCAACGUCUGAAGAGACAGGUUCGCUUGGACAAGAAGUCCCUAAUGGCUCUGUACAUGGAACUUGACGAAGAAAGAAGUGCUUCAGCUGUAGCAGCUGACGAGGCAAUGGCUAUGAUCACAAGGCUACAAGCAGAGAAGGCUGCUGUUCAGAUGGAGGCAUUGCAGUAUCAGAGAAUGAUGGAGGAGCAGGCGGAGUAUGACCAAGAAGCCCUGGAAGCAACAUAUGACUUGCUUGCCAAGAGAGAAGAUGAUAUGAGGGUUUUAGAGGCUGAAAUAGAGGCUUAUAGGGAAAAAUAUGGAUUAUUGAAGGAAUUUGUCUACAAGGACCAAGAUGAGGCUGCUGAAUCUGGUAAUUCUUCAAGCGCAAACAACGCGCAAAAUGAUCAAGCUGGGUCAGCAAAGGAGGAGAAUGCAGUCGACACUGCCCUUGCUGAAAGUUUGAAACCACUGAAAGGGGAGAAGACCUACCUCCUUGGGCGGCUCAAGAAACUAGACAAGAGAAACUUAUCAAACUUGUCAUCUAAUGGGUUUUCCUUGCCGGAUGGUCUGAAUGAGGAUGAGAUAGGAAAUGGAAACAAAGCUGCCCUAACAAGACAAUUGUCCCUAUUGUCCCAUCUUAGUGAUAGGGUGAAGGCUCUUGAAUCAGACACUGGAUUCCUAGAGUAUGCUGCUAAGUCACUUGAGAAACAUAGUGAAGGAACAAAACUUUUGACAGAGAUAACUCAAAAUUUACAGAAACUCCGGCACCUUGUGAAUCUGCCUACACUGCCUACACCACCUACAGAGGAACAAAACAAGAUGGCUCCGGAGGAACACAGGAAGGAGCAAAACAAGACACCUUUAGAGGACCAAAAGAAGGAGCAAACUAAGACGCCUACAGAGGAGCCUCUAGAAGAACAAAAGAAGGAGCAAAGCGAGCUAAACAAGACGCAUCCGGAGGAACAAAAGCAGUCUGUUUUUGCUCGAAUGUUUUGGGGCCAAACACAGUCAUCGGAGGAACAAAAGCAGUCAUCUCCGGAAGAACAAAACAAGACGUCUUCAGAGGCACAAAAAGAUGGACUACCUUAG